AUGGAUGAGCAAUUACUUGACGCUGUUUGCGAUAGGCUAAAACCGGUUCUCUACACGGAGAACAGCUACGUGAUCCGUGAAGGAGAUCCGGUUGGAGAAAUGCUGUUUGUGAUGAGAGGAAAGCUUAUAAGUGCCACCACUAAUGGAGGAAGAACUGGCUUCUUUAAUGCCGUGUACCUUAAGGCAAGCGAUUUCUGUGGAGAAGAUCUUCUCACGUGGGCAUUAGAUCCUCAACCUUCGUCUCACUUUCCCAUCUCCACGAGAACAGUCCAAGCUCUAACCGAAGUCGAAGCCUUUGCUCUUGCAGCAGAGGAUCUCAAGUCUGUCGCUUCACAGUUCAGACGCCUCCAUAGCAAGCAACUCCAACAUACAUUCAAGUUCGACCUCUCUCUCUCUCUCUCUCUCUCAGCUUCUCUGGGUUGCUUUCGAUUGGCUAAACCGGAUCUUGAUUUGAUCUACAGGUUUUAUUCGGUGCAAUGGAGAACAUGGGGCGCAUCUUUCAUACAGGCGGCGUGGCGGAGGCACUGUCGGAGGAAGUUAGCCAAGUCAUUACGCGAUGAAGAAGACCGGCUCCGAGACGCGCUCGCUAAUCAAGACAGAGAACGCCAACGCAAACGCGAUGAAGCAGCUGCUUCUUCGUCGUUGAGCCUCGGAGCCACGCUUUACGCGUCGCGUUUCGCCUCAAACGUGCUUCACAGUCUGAGGCACAAUAUCUCCAACCUCCCUCCUCGGUACACUCUUCCUUUGUUACCUCAGAAACCAACCGAGCCUGACUUCACCGUCGAUCAUACAAGUGACCCUUAG